AUGUCAUCUUCAAGCCAAAAGAAAUUCGAAGAUUUGAAGUUUUAAGAUAUCCCUAAGAAUUUACUUAAGACUGACACCAAUUUGUCUUGGUAGGGUGUUCACUUGCAAAUUUCUCCAAAAAAGUUGUUAGAUGGAUUCAAACAUUCACUUACAGUAACAGAAAAGGAUAGACAUUACAUUCUAUCAAAGGUAUAAUUAAAAUCAAUAACCAUUUAAAGAUUAACUUGCUGCUUUCAAGAAACUAUGAAAAGGAAAAAGUCUUAGUAUCUCUAAGUGUUAGAUCCUCAUUUGACUUGUUUUUCUAAGUAGAUUUUUCUUUGCUUAAUACUAUCCUAGUCACGCAAAUUUCCACCUGGAUCAGAAAUUAUCAUGAUGGGUAUUAACAUUCCAGACAUGGUUUAAAUAAUUAAGGAGCAUGGACUUGUCCCUAUUCCAAUUGAUUACAACAUCAACACGAUGCAUCCAGAGAGUUUUGACAAAGUUAAAGAAGCAAUCACAGACAAAACAAAAUGUGUGCUAUUUGCCUACUUGUUUGGUAUUAGAUAUGAUAUCACAGAAAUAGCAGCCUACCUUAAAGAGAAGAAGAUCGAUGUCAUCGAAGAUUGUGCUUAGUCUUUCUGUGGAACUAAAAGGUUUGUCGGAAAUCCAAACGCCACUAUGACAAUGUUCAGUUUUGGUUUAAUUAAGAUUCAAACUGCAAUGUACGCUGGAUUAACUGUUAUCAGAGAUGACGAUGAAUUAUUCAAUAAGAUGAAUGCUAUCUAGGAUACCUAUCCAAUGUAUGACAACAAAAUGCUCAGAAAACGUCUAUUAGUUGCUCUCACUUUGCUAUUUUUUGUCAAUACUACACCAGGAAAUAAGGCUCUACUAUUAGCUGCAAAAAUGUCAGGCCAAGAAAGAGAAGAUUUCUAUGUUUCACUCUCUAGAGGAUUCAAACCUGGAGAGGAAUUUAUCACUAGAUUCAGACAAAAGCCAUGUGCUGCUCUUUUGCAUUUCCUUCAUGAAAGAAUAGAAAACUUCGAUUAUGAAGAAUUCGACUAGAAUACUAGAAAAUACUAGGUAGCAACAGAUGCUUUUACAAAAGCUGGCAUUUUUUGUCCUGGAUAUCUUUCCAGAGAGAGAGGUUAUUGGUUAUUCCCAAUUGCUGUUCCAAACAAACUACUAUUCAUUGAUUACAUGCUAAGCAGAGGUAUAAAUGCUUACAGAGGAGCUACUCAAUUGAGAUAUGUAAACCCACCUGCAGGAAGACCUGAAUGCGAACAGUCUAAAUGGUUGAUGGAUCAUGUGGUGUACAUGCCUAUUCACUCUCAUAUUGGAGAUUCAGAAUUCAGAGAGACUAUUGAUAGAAGCAUUGAUUGCUAUUAUAAGCUCACUGAAUUCCUCACUAAGGAUGGCGUUCCAAAACCAAAUCAUCCAAUCACCAAAAAACUCCUCGAAAGAGCUAAAAUUUGA